CAUCAGAUCAGAGAAAAUAAUAUCAACACAAAUAAUAACGCAAUAAAUAUGGAGUUUCUAGUUAUUUAUUUUGCCUUUGACAAUGCAUUUGAAGCAGUCAAUAUGUCAAAGGUAGAAUGUGAUAAAACAGAGGCGGAAAUGGUGAAGGGAACUAAAUGCCAGGUACCUUUCGAGACCGAAAGCAUCAGUGAGGAUGGCAAAGACACUGUGGAGACAAAACUUUAUGAUGGCAUUAUUCUCUGUUCUGGACAAGUUAAAAAGAAAGCAGAAGAGUUGGCAAACCAAUGUCAAAAGAAAUUAACAGAUGGUCUACCAGUUCAGACAUUGUUUAAAGAUUUUCAAGCCAACACCAAAAGAAAUGCCUCAUCCAAAUUAACAGAGGCCAUAAAGGAGCUACAAGAUGAAGAACCAUGUCCAUCUGAGAAGAAGAAAGUGAAAAAGGACAAAGUCUCAACCAAGUCAACUAUUAAGUCUAAGAAAGUACAUGUAGCAACAUCAAAUGGUUCAGCAAAACCCGCCAAAAAAUCAACAGAUACAUGUAAGGCUACAGCUGUUAAGAGUGCUCUUCAUCCUGAUAAGAUGGCUGAAAUUUCAGCAAUGUUGAACAUAGAACAGUCUCAAGGAAAAGAAGAUCUAAAUUUGGUUAAAGUUAUGAGCAGUACUACUUGUACUUCAACACCUAAAAGACAGGACAUAUGCAGCCCAAAAAAGACAGUCACUUCUAUGUAUGAAGAUAUAUCACCUGUUAAACAGACAGUUACAAUUGAUCCCAUAUCAAUUGCAAGUUUAAGGCGCUCACCAAGAAAACACUGUAGUUCAGUUCUGUUUACCCACAAAUUGGAUGAUGCAGUACAAAUACAUGUACCAAAAGAAAACAUAUCAACAAUAGGCCAGUCAACUGACAAAUGGGAUGGUGUUUUUGUCGACUCAGUUAAUAGCAUCUAUGACAUGGACAAGAAAGAAGUGCAUGAAUUGCAUUCGAACUUUGGGAAAGAAACUGAUGAGUUUGAAAAACUUAACAAUGAUCAUGACAUGCCAACAGACAGUAGUCAAGAGCAGACUAAAAAGGAACUUAUAUGUAAUCUUCUUGGAAUAACCAAAGAGGAAGCAGCCACAACCAGCAUGGUAUUGGGAAGGUUGUCAAAAAUACUAGGUGGUCAUGAUUUUAUUAGUUCAAAUAAUACUCCAUUUAAACCACCCAGCAUGCCUAGUAUCUUUAACAAUGAUCCUGAUGAAAUUAAUGAACCCGAUGUCAGUAGCAUUAUCAACACAGAGAAUGAUUCAAUAGUGGACAUGAGUACAGAAGAACAAGACAAUUCGCAAUCUACUUGGAGCUCAAAGGACAGCUGUAAUGUUAGUCAAAACAGUUCAAAUGCAUGUUCUGAGGCUGAAUCUUCAAACUCUAGGAUUAGAGGAUCCAAACCCGAUGACAAGGUAUAUAUAUAA